GCUCUGGGAGACGCUCGCCGGCCGCUGCACGAGACAGCCGCUCUGGUGGAGGACAUCGUGCACACGCAGCUCAUUACUUUGCUGCAUCAGGCCUGCGAGGGGGCGGCUCUUCGUGGCUCGAGGGUCAUUUCAGCUGAAGACAUCCUGUUCCUGAUGAGGAGGGACAAGAGGAAGGUGGCGAGGUUGUUAAAAUAUCUCCAGUUCAGAGAUUAUAAAUCCAAACUUCUCAAAACUGUGGAGGAUGACGACACGCAGCAAGAGACGGCUGCUGGUGGCGUCUCAGGCAGUAACCAGCGGAGGCAGCGAUUGGCUCAGGAUUUUCUGGUGUGGAUGGAUCAGACCGGCGAGCUCCUGUCGCUGGCUGAGCGGCAGGAAGUAGACCCCGUCAAACAGGAGCGGCUGGAGCGUUUAGAGCGUCAGACUCGAAAUAUGGACCAGGCUCAAUACUCCGAGUUCUGUGAGAGUCGACAGCUCAGCUUCGCCAAGAAAGCCUCAAAGUUUCGGGACUGGCUGGACUGCAGCAGUUUAGAGCUGAAACCCAACAGCAUCUCCAUGGAGAUCCUGUCAUACCUGGCCUAUGAGACUGUUGCCCAGAUUGUGGAUUUGUCUCUGUUGGUAAAACAAGAAAUGACGGCAAAAUCAAAUCCUGUCAGUCAUGUGAUCUCUGCCAGCUACAUCCACUACAAUACACCCACUGAGGUGAAGAAGGAUCCAGACUCACCUGAAGCCACUCCUCCUUCCACUCCAGGCUCCUCCCAUUCCUCAAAGCCCCUCCUACAGGGUAACGGCAGUCUGGACGGCCGGGCGAGACAGAGGAAACGCAAAAAG